CUACUUGCUCAACAUGCCCACUGCACAAGAAGAAAAAGUCUUACCAAAAGUCUCUUUGAAUACAACACAAGAAAAUAAAAUUUCAACACAAAGGAGCGUAUUUGUAAAGGUUGAACCACCUGCUUUCAAUAAACCAGCAGAUGAAGAAUUAUUCUCAAACGACAAACCAAACAUUUCUUUCUUAAAAGAACAUUUUCGAAGAGAAGGGAGACUUACAGAGGAGCAAGCGAUACGUAUAUUUAAAAAUACAAAAGAGAUAUUCAGGAAGGAACCCACUUUACUUCGGAUACCUGCCCCAAUUACUAUCUGUGGCGAUAUUCAUGGACAAUACUACGACUUAUUGAAAUUGUUCAAUGUGGGUGGAGAUCCCGAAAACACAACCUAUCUCUUUCUAGGUGAUUAUGUGGAUAGAGGAUAUUUUUCAAUUGAGUGCUCGCUCUUGAUGUGUACUUAUAAAUUGUGGUACCCAAACUCAUUCUUUUUGUUACGAGGAAAUCAUGAAUGUCGGCAUUUGACAGAGUACUUUACAUUCAAAUUAGAAUGCCAAUCAAAAUACUCGGAACGAGUCUACGAUGCUGCUAUGGACUGCUUCGAUAGCUUGCCAUUAGCGGCUGUUGUUAAUAACCAAUUUUUCUGCGUCCAUGGUGGUCUUUCCCCUGAUUUAAAGACUAUGGAGGAUGUCGAAAAAAUUGAUCGCUUUAGGGAGAUACCAACAAGUGGUAUUAUGAACUCGCUUUUAUGGGCUGAUCCGCAUGAGCAGUUUGAUAACGAUAAUAACCCAAAUUUUGAAUACAAUCAUGUUCGUGGAUGUUCUUACUUUUUCAGCUAUCGUGCAACUUGCGAAUUUCUAGACAGAAACAACCUAUUGUCUGUUGUUCGAGCACAUGAAGCACAAGCAGAUGGAUAUCGAAUGUAUCGUAAGAAUAAGACGACAGGGUUUCCAGCAUUGAUUAUCAUCUUUUCUGCUCCUAAUUAUUGCGAUGUCUAUAACAACAAAGCAGCUGUUCUCAAAUAUGAUGGUAGCGUACUGAACAUUAGCCAAUUUCAUGCUAGCCCACAUCCUUACUGGCUUCCAAACUUUAUGGACGUAUUUUCAUGGUCUUUGCCAUUUGUGGGCGAAAAGACUACAUCUAUGCUUUUGGCUAUUUUGAAUAUUUGUUCUCAAGAAGAAGAACCAUCAGCACAAGCUCCAGAUACAGAGCAAAGACGCCAAAUUAUCAAGAACAAAGUAAUGGCGAUUGGGAAGAUGUCUCGUACAUUUUCUGUUCUUCGAGAAAAUUCAGAGCUUGUGACAGAACUUAAAAACUUGUCCCAUUCAAAUAGAAUGCCUACAGGGACUUUAGGGCUAGGCUCUGAAGGCCUUCGCAAAGCUAUUACUACAUUUGAAGAAGCGAGACGUUCAGAUAUUGAAAACGAACGCUUACCUUCUACAUCUCGUGAAGGCAUGAACGCUAUUCAUCAAGAAAACACAGCAUCAAAAAUCAGAGAUGCUGUAUCUGAGAGUGAUAAUCAAUUGUCUCGCAUAGCAGAGGUUAUUGCAUCAGAUUAGCCGCAUUCUCGAAUUACAAAUAAAAAAAAAGGAUCACUUUGUCUACUCUAAUAUCUAUU